UCCGAAUAUAAUGCCAUUUAUUUCCGAUUUAUUGUUACAAUCACCCGCCCGAUUGAAAUGCACUACACUCUUCUGCUAUCCCUACCGUCUCGCCCGCCCGUUUGUCUGCCCGCUCGCCCACCUCCUCACCUACCUGCCUGCGCGUUCGUCGGCCGUAUCUGCGCGCUGGGCAUUCGCAUAGUGCGCCUGCGGUCGCCGUGCACGCGGUGCCCAUCCAUGCCCUGUGCCCGUCCCCGCCCUGCACCCUUCUCUUUGCGCUCUCGCCCGCCCGCUCUCGCGCUCACCCGCUUGCCCACGCACUCGCCCGUCCGCCCACCCGUUCGUGGGCCCGCUUGCACCUUCUCCUCGUCAUCCCUGAGCCUGUCGCUCGUUCGUCGGCCGCGUGUGCGCGCAGGGCAUUGGCUCUGCGCGCUCGUGGACGACGUGCGCGUCGUGCAGCAGACGGGCAACUCGCCCGCUGGUCUGCUUGCCCGCCUAUUCGCUCUUCCGCCUGCAUGUGCGUUCGUCAGCAUGUCUGCGAGCUACCCCUUGACUGCUGCCCACUCACCUUGCCCAUACCUCUCCUGCCUGCCUGCCCACUCGCUCGUUUUCUCGCCAGCUCACUUACCCUCCGAAUGCUCACCCACUCACCUGCUCGCCCUGCUCGCCCGCCCGCUCGCUCGCCCGUCCGUUCUUGCGCCCGCUCGCCCGCCUGUUCGCCCGGCUGCCCGCGCUCGCGGUCGGCGUGUGUUGCCGCCCGUGCGCCCUUCCGCUUAUCUGCCCGCCGUGCAUCCGUCGGCCGUGCCUGCACAAAGGGCAUUGGCCCUGCGUGCUCGCGGUUGUCGUGUGCGUUGCGCUGCACGUCGUCGCGUCCUGUGUCUGCGUUAGUGCGCUCGCUCGCAUGCGUCUGCACUUACCUCGAUGCCCGCGACCCGCUCGCCGUCCGCACGCCUCCCGUCCGCGCCCGUCGCUGAUCCUGCGCCCGCCU